AAGAAGACAAGGAGCCAGAAGGAACCUCGGCGAGAUGUCCGCUGCCUCUGCCGCUGUGUAGAGGAGGAAACCGGGGGAAGGAGCCUUCAGACUCACCGAGCUCAGCAUGACGGAUCUGCUCCUCUCUGACAGACUGCUGAUGCUCUCCUCUACUGAGCUCUGACAGGUCUGAGGAUCACUUCCCAUUUGAGAUCAACUGUCUCCAUUUCAGCACUGUCUGGCUACCCCCAUCCAAUGGAAUCAGACAUCAUUACUUAAUCAUUAGUAUCCUUGCAGCUGAGUGGCUUUUCAGCUCUAAUAAACUGCUCUAAGUCCUUCUCUGUCUGGGGAUAGAAGACCAGAAGAAAGAAAAAAACUGUAACUUAAACUUGUUGGAGUAAAAGCUCAUUAGAGUUGAAUUAAGAGAUUUUAGUGCCAGCUUUCCCUGUGCCAAGAUGGAUGAAACGCACAACAACAGGACUUCCUUGGUCAAAGGUGCCAAGGACAUCGCUAAAGAAACCAAGAGGCAUGCUGCCAAAAACCUCGGCAAAGCUGUCGAUCGUGCCUCAGAUGAAUAUUCAGCUCAUCGCAGCUACAAUCGUUUCCAGAACGAGGAUGAAGAUGACAACAACUACAAUACUUACACUCAGCAAGAUGGUCAAUAUGCUGACAAUGCAGCCAAUGAUGAGGAUGGAGCGUCUAGUGACGCCACGGAGGGCCACGACGAUGAAGAUGAGAUCUAUGAGGGGGAAUACCAAGGUGUGCCUGCCAACAAUGAAGGCAAGCCGCGGGAUGGUCAGGUGGCUCUCGGCCAGCCAGUUUCCGACAGCCAAAAGAGCAGUAAGGAGCUGGAAAACGAGAGACAGGCAGAUGAGGAGGAGCUGGCCCAGCAGUACGAGCUAAUCAUGCAGGAGUGUGGCCAUGGGAGAUUCCAGUGGCAGCUGUUCUUCGUACUCGGGUUGGCGCUCAUGUCAGACGGCGUGGAAGUGUUUGUUGUAGGCUUCGUCUUGCCUAGUGCUGAGACAGACAUGUGUGUCCCCAACUCUGGUGCCGGAUGGCUUGGUAGCAUUGUGUACCUGGGGAUGAUGUUCGGAGCAUUUUUUUGGGGCGGCCUGUCGGACAAGUUGGGCCGUAAACAAUGCCUGCUGAUAUGCCUGUCCGUCAACGGCUUCUUCGCCUUCCUCUCAUCCUUUGUUCAAGGCUACAGCAUGUUCCUCCUCUGCCGCAUGGUCUCUGGUUUUGGGAUCGGGGGAGCUGUUCCAAUAGUAUUCUCUUACUUUGCGGAGGUGUUGGCUCGGGAGAAGAGAGGAGAGCAUCUGAGCUGGCUCUGCAUGUUCUGGAUGAUUGGAGGGAUUUAUGCCUCAGCCAUGGCCUGGGCCAUCAUCCCACACUAUGGCUGGAGCUUCAGCAUGGGUUCAGCCUACCAGUUCCACAGCUGGAGAGUGUUUGUGGUGGUGUGUGCGCUGCCGUGUGUCUGUGCAGUGGUCGCUCUCACUUUUAUGCCUGAGAGCCCCCGCUUCUACCUGGAGAUGGGUAAACACGACGAGGCCUGGAUGGUGCUCAAACAGAUCCAUGACACUAACAUGCGUGCCCGAGGAGAACCGGAGAGAGUCUUCACUGUGAACAGAAUAAAAAUCCCCAAACAGUUGGACGAGCUGGUGGAGAUGCAGAAUGAGUCAGCCAACCCAGUGCUCAAGGUCCUCCUCAAGAUCAAGACCGAGCUCAGAGGGAUCUGGUCCACUUUUAUGAGAUGCUUCGACUACCCAGUGAAAGACAACACCAUCAAACUGGCUGCAGUUUGGUUUACUCUGUCUUUUGGGUACUACGGGCUGUCUGUGUGGUUCCCGGAUGUCAUCAAGCACCUUCAGGCAGAUGACUACGCCUCCAGAGUGAAGGUUCACAACAACGAACGCAUUGAAGACUUCACCUUCAACUUCACCCUGGAAAACCAGAUCCACAGGAACUCUGUCUUUCAAAACGACAGGUUCAUCGGUAUGAAGUUCAAGGCGGUCACAUUCAUCGACUCCUCUUUCCUCAACUGCUAUUUCGAAGAUGUCUCCUCUGUCGGAUCCUUCUUCAAAAACUGCACCUUUAUCGACUCAUUCUUUUACAACACGGAUAUUGAUGAUGCCAAACUAACAAACUCAGAGGUGAUCAACAGCUCCUUCCACCACAACAAGACGGGGUGUCAGAUGACAUUUGAGGAUGAUUACAGCGCCUACUGGGUGUACUUCGUCAACUUCCUGGGAACUCUGGCUGUGCUGCCCGGAAACAUCGUCUCUGCUCUCCUCAUGGAUAAAAUAGGGCGCCUCAGCAUGUUAGGAGGCUCCAUGGUGCUGUCAGGCAUCAGCUGCUUCUUCCUGUGGUUCGGAACCAGUGAGUCGAUGAUGAUCUUCAUGCUCUGUCUUUAUAACGGCCUCAGCAUCUCUGCCUGGAACUCCCUGGAUGUGGUCACCGCCGAGCUGUACCCAACAGACAGGAGGGGCACAGGCUUUGGGUUCUGUAAUGCCAUGUGCAAGCUGGCAGCGGUGAUGGGCAACCUGAUCUUUGGCUCACUAGUUGGCAUCACCAAGGCGAUCCCCAUCCUGCUGGCAUCAACCGUGUUGGUUGGCGGCGGCCUGGUGGGCCUGCGACUGCCAGACACACGCGCCAAUGUCCUCAUGUAAACCUCAACCCAGAACAAUAUGUUGUUUACCAGGUUUUUCACUCAGUGCACUGGAUAAUUUGUUUACGCUGUGUCCUGUAAAGUUUUAUUUGAAUUUCAGUAGCUGUGAUCAUCCCUUGUAGUUAUUAUUUGAAAAAUAAUGUUACUCUGUCCACAAUCCAAACAACAGGACAGAGGCUGUUAUUCUGCUAUUUCUGAGUGAAAUACCUGGUCAAUUGGGAUAAUCAGAUGCAGUUUAACUUUUUAUAGAGCUGUGGAUAUGAAGAGAUUGAAGAUACUAAUCAAAAAUCUGUGUGGUGUCAGAGGCUAGAUUAACAAAAACCCUGCGAUUCUUCCAGGGAUUCUGGAUGAAAGAGUUAAUCUGAGGAAACAAAGAACUUGAUAAUUAGUGCUUCUAAAACUCUGUAUAUCAGCAGCUCUGUAUCCACCAUGGGCUGUUUCUCAUGUGCAGCCAACAAACACAUGUGUCUAAGCGGCAAAGGGCUUGGACCUCCAACAUCGGCUUUUACAUCAAAUCCGACUUUACUCAGAUUAAAGGAAUAGUUUAACAUUUUGGGAAAUAUGUGUUUUGAAAAGUAGAGUAGCAUAAAGAGUGGAGCUAAAGGUAACAGCUAGCCUGGCCUCUGUCUGGAGAUAUCACAUCCAAAGCUCAACUUUUAACACAUUCAUGGUAAAUGGUCUGUAUUUAUAUAGCACUUUUUUCUAGUCUUGAUGACCUCUCAAAGCGCUUCAGGGCACGGUCACACAUAUGCGAAGGUCAAAGUUCACCAAAGUUGAACUCCACACAAAGCCAUGCUCCCAUCUGCCUCCCCACUGGCACAGCCAUCAUGGGGAAAUUUGGGUUUCAGUAUCUUGGCCAAGACACUUUGGCAUGCAGAAUGGCAGAGACUGGGAUUCGAAUCGCAGACUUUCUGGUUAGUGGACGACCCGCUCUUCCUCCCACAGGUGCCCCAUAAUCCUUAAAUCACAAAAGCGUUGUGUGUCCAACAGUUGAUGAUGUUCAAGCCUUUUGCCGCAAUGUGCAAGAAUGAAAAGGCCAUAGAAAAAAAUAAUACAGUAACGAUGUAGUAGUUUAGUCGAAACCUUCUGCAGCUACAUUUCUAAAGUGAAAAGAAGUUUACAUUUUCUGCUUUUUGCAGUAAGAGACUUUUGAGAUUGGAAACCUUUUGUCUGAAUGCUUCCUCUCUCCUUCUCUCGUGUCUGUGUUGUGUUCGUCUCGUGGCGCUGAGCUCACCAUGAAGGGCUUUGCUCUCCGUUGUAAUCUGAUCUGUAAAGAAGAACUUAUACCGUAGGAAACCUCUGCUGUUAUAAGAACCUGCUCUACCCCCUGCGUUUCCUUCCUCUUUAUGCAUCUCACGUCAUGGUUUCCUCAUUGUGUGUCUGCUCCUGACUUCUUGUCCUCUCUCUGUACCUCUUCCUGCCUUGCUGCUACGCUACUCCCUCUAAAACUCAAAGGCCUUUCUCAAAUGCAGUGCCUCUUCCUCGUCUCAUUUUCUAACCCCUGCUGAAAGCUCUUUGCUGCUCUGCCCUGCUAUUUCGGCCUCUCAUAUAUUAAUACUGCGUGUGUGCGUGCGUGUUUGAGUGUGUUUUCAGAUGAACACUUACUAGACACAGUGAGCAUUGCAUAUGCUGAAAAAGGUAUUUUUUUAAUUGUUCUUGUUCUUUUCUUUACCAAAUAACUGAGUUUGGUAACAUAAUGCAGCGAAAUUAUAAGCCAUGCAUAAAGGGUAAGUUCACCCAAAUUGAAAAAAUUUAAUAAACGCACUACCUACACAGGGUUUUGUGGCUUUCUGCUGGGAUUUUAGCUGAGUUCUGCUCCUAACACUGAAAAAUGACAUGUAUAGAAGACGAAGGCCAAGUUCAGACCGACCUCUGUCCUGCAUAAAAUGGACCAUUGUUGUACAGAAGGUGCCAAUGACAACACACUGAUGUUUAGCAGGUAUAACAGAAUGAGACAGAUGUGAAUGGCAUUAACCUAAAAGUAGUGUUUCAUUAUAAAUCAAUGUAUUGUACAAAUUCAAAUUUUAACUUAAUAAUGCUGUUAAAUCAAUAUUUAUAUAUAUAUAUAUAUAUAUAUAUAUAUAUAUAUAUAUUAUCACAGUUCAUCCUCUGGGGACCAAGAAUGUCUUUCAUGGCAAACCAGUUGGUGAGAUAUUUUAGCCUGGACCAGAGUGGUGGACUCAACAUCUAAGCCAUGGCACUAAUCCAGCUAAAAAUUCAAUAGCAAUGUGUCUUUCAAGGUAAAAACUAUGCCUGUUACUCUGGAUAAUACACACAACUUUGUAAGGACUAUUUGUUUGGUUUAAAAAUGUUUCUGGAAAGACCUGUUGCUGUGAAAUAACUGUUUUCAAUAUUGUGAGCGCCCCACACAAAAGUCCAUUCAUCUACUGACAUGCAGGUAGAAAUCCUCGGGCGAGGGAUAUCUGUUCACAUAGAAUGAAAUCUAUCUGCAUGGCUAGAUACCUCUAAGCUAAAUUAGAUAAGGAUUUUUUGUAAUUUGGGUGAACAGGCCCUUUAAACCUCUUGUGACUGGUACUCUAGCUGCUACAGUGUGAGUGCAUUCAUGUUCAAAUGCAUCAGAUCCUUUGCAAAAUCAAUUCCUCUAAUAUCUCUUCAAAGGAGUCAGUUAAUACAAGAGAGAAGUAAUGGUUCAUUCGGAUGGGUUAUAUGAUGAUGUGGGUUACUGUCAAUAUACUGUAUGUGGUGUUCUGUUGCUAAUAUCAUAUUUCGUACUAUGGAAAUCAAUUUACAUUUGACAUUUCAUUAGUUUCUGCCACUCAAUGGAGGAGUGAAUUUGCUUUCCUGAUGAGUAUGUCUGAUGCUUUAUUCAUCUGCUGGUCUGCACUGUGCCCUCCUCCGAACACUACCAGCUGUGCUGAACAAACUCCCUAAACUUCACUGUUUCCCCCAAGAAAUCCUGCAUGUUUGUUUCCUAAGUCCCCCCAGUUGUGUAUGCUCUUUCUGUUUCGAUGUCCUCAGUGUUCCUCCGCGGGAGGAAGCAGGCGUGCAAUUCCCGGGGUCAAAGGUGAAUGUAUCAUUGGUGCGUGUUGUCAGAUUUGUUGUGGACUGGUGUUCAUUAUAAUCAAGUUGACUUCGAGGUCAUUGUGAAUGGGGCGUGGUGAGAUGUUGUAGCAGGGGUGGUCAAAUCUGUUUCCGGUUGGAUUAACCAUUGUCACUAGAGCGGGAGUGGAAAUGCAGACGCUGUUACUUUCAGAUUUGAAAACCUCUGCUGUCAAACAAAAUGUGGAGGAGUGUGUAAAAAAGAAUUACCUGUCCUUGAUAUGAUUUAUUUUGAUAAGAAAAAGGGUGCAAGAGAAUGCGAUGUAAAGGUGGAUUCCUCUGGUGUCUACAUAUUGAAU